AUGGGCAUAACUGAGGCCGCUGAUAGAACAACUUUGGCAGUAUUCAAGCUUGACGAGGAGGCUAACCAUUGGUGGGAGUUAAUCAAGAAUACUCGUGACGUGGCGAGCCUAUCAUGGAACCAGUUCAGGGAACUGUUCCUAAAUAAAUAUUUCCCAAGUACGGUCCGUCGAGAACGAGUCAAGGAAUUCCAAAACCUGGAACAAGGAAAUAUGACCGUGACCCAGUAUGCUGCAAAAUUUGAAGAGUUAGCCCAUUACGCAACUAGAUAUGUAGCAAAUGAUGAGGAGAAAGCAAGGAUGUUCGAGUGGGGGUUGGACCUUACAAUCAGGGGAAGAGUUCUUCUACAACGACUCCCCUUAUAUGCCGAGGUGUUGGAAACGGUGUUAGAGUCUGAAAGGGAAGUAACCGACGCUAGAAAGGCUUGGAACAAGAGGAGGGGGAGUCAGACGUCUAUUGGACCUUAG